AUGCUGGUAGGGGGAAGCUGGGCUUCUCUGCCUCUUGUGUGGCUGGUGGGGUGCUUGGCGGGGGAUCCGGCGGGUUACAGACGGAAGGUGUCUCUGGAAUACAACCCUGGUUCAAACAGCUCCUCUGACAACCUCUUGCACGUCCGGGCUGUGGGCCACAAUGAUACAAUCCAUUAUGUGUGGAGCACCAUUGGGGCACCCACGGUGCUGCUGGUGUACACAGGAAGUCAGAACAGCACCCUCCAUGUGAACUGGACCAAACUCUUAUCUCCCUCUCCCUCGGGAGCCAUCCACAUUGAACCCGCCAGCAGUGUCUUAUAUUCCUCAGCAGUGAUCUUCGCCAAGGUGUUUGAGUACAAUGGCGUCAACACGUCAGAUCUCUUCAAAGUCCCUGACGAUGACUUCUACCCCACCUACAAUUUGGCCAAUUUUACCUGGGAAAGCCUCGGUGGUAAGAUCAACGAGACCAUGCUGACAGCUACAUUUCAGGGUGUUUCCUCGAGCCCCCAUGGAGCCUUUGGGAAUGGCAGUAUAUCCUUCCAGAUGGCACAGCUGGUUUCUGUGCCAGACAACCACAGCACCAUGUCCAGCUUCUUCCAGUGGAAGACGACUGCAUACAGUUCUCAGCGUCCUGAGCGGGCGGACACAAUCCACUGCCAGUAUUAUCCUCUGCAGACAACAAACUGCACGGUUCCCAGGUCUAGCAUAGCCCACGCCUACUUUGGGGAGGAGCUUGAGAGUCACCAUGGUGUGGCCGCCAUCAAUAUUUCUUUUGGCAGUGAGGACAGUGAAGCCUAUGAUGAGAAACGCUACUUGAGCUGGUCUGCCUUGGUUGGAUUUGGUGAACCACCGAAGGACACUUUUUCCACCUUAGUGAUUGCCAUCCUUGCGGUUGGGUUAGGGACUCCAGUGGUGCUGCUGGUUGCAGGGAGCAUCACUGCCCUUUUCACACAGAAGAGACGGUAUUCUGAAUACGAACCGAUCAAUUGAUCAUUGUGAAGCCAGAGGCCAGUGGUUGUCCCGGGCUGUGUGACCAAACUUACUUUGAACUUUUUCUGGCGUUUGUUCCAAAGGGAAGCUGCUGUUGGGGAGAGUUAUUUACAUUUGCUACAGGGUUUCCUCAUGGUGGCGUAACUGAUCUCUAAAUCAGGUUCUCGGAGUGGAUGUUCUCAU